AUGCCAGAAAUCGAGGAACAUUUGUCAGCGAGCGUCAAAGGAACAAAAUGUAAUUAUGGAACAAAGUUCGAUACACAUUCUCUCGUAGCCAUAUUUGAUGAACAAGAUCCACAUCAUGGAGGUGACGGUACCAGCGCUAGCUCGACGGGCACUCAAAGUCCAGAGAUUUUUGGCAGUGAACUUGGCUCCAACUCUGUGUCAGCCUUUCAGCCUUAUCAAGCAACAAGUGAAAUUGAAGUCACACCUUCAGUUCUUCGUGCAAAUAUGCCUCUUCAUGUACGGCGUAGCAGUGACCCCGCAUUGAUUGGCCUCUCAACCUCUGUAAGCGAUACUAAUUUUUCUUCAGAAGAACCUUCCCGAAAAAACCCCACAAGAUGGUCCACAACAGCAGGAUUCCUCAAGCAGAACACCCCUGGGAUGCCCAGUAGUCAUGACAGAAAGAAAGAUGAAAACUACAGAAGCUUACCACGGGAUACUAGUAACUGGUCUAACCAGUUUCAGAGAGACAAUGCUCGCUCAUCGUUAAGUGCCAGUCAUCCCAUGGUGGACAAGUGGCUGGAGAGGCAAGAACAGGAUGAAGAUGGGACAGAGGAGGACAACAGCAGGCUUGAACCAGUUGGACAUGCAGACAGUGGUUUGGAGACCACCACCAAUUUUUCCUUAGAACUAAUAUUCAGUGAUAUGGUAAAGCUCGUAGAAGUCUCCAAUGACGGUGGGCCUUUGGGAAUCCAUGUAGUGCCUUUCAGUGCCCGAGGCGGAAGAUUACAAUGACUGGUUUGCCGCUCUCAAUCUCCAGGAUGC